UGAACCCGCGGCAAUGGGAAUAAAAGCGAGCACCGCGAACGGUGGACAGCAGAGUCCCAGAGCACGCACCUUCUCCACCAGCAGCAGCAGUGACGUCGUGUCCGGCACGGCAGGCGCACCGUACGAUAUGUCAUCCGCUAAUCCCGAUCCCGAUAGUAGCUCAGCGGAAGAAAAUGCCGCGGCUAGUGCUCCACUUGCUUUGGGAAGAGUGUACGCAACAUCACUACCUACUCAUAUCUGGUCAAUAAAUGGUAUAAAAUGUCCAGUAUGUAGCAAAUUUGUGACGCCCGAUGACCUUGAGUGUCAUUUAGUAAUGUGCCUAACGAAGCCUCGUCUAUCAUAUAAUGAGGACUGUUUAGCCGAUGCAAAAGGCGAGUGUGUCAUUUGUUUAGAGGAUCUAUGUCCUGGUGAUAUCAUUGCUAGACUACCAUGUUUAUGCAUCUACCAUAAAGGAUGCAUUGACAAAUGGUUUGAGGUGAAUCGUAGCUGCCCGGAGCAUCCUGGUGAUUAGUGGAAUUCCAAUGUGUAACAAAUGCAAGAACUAAACUUUAAACCAACAACACAAACACACACACACA